AUGGACUAUAACGCCAUUGGAGAUGGCAUUGCAGACGACUACCAAGCUUUUCUAGAUGCAUGGACAAGGAUGUGUAGUACAUCCGGAGCUAAUGCAUUCCUUGUCAUACCUAAGGGAAAAACGUUCUUAGUGAGUCGUAUAAGCUUUGAUGGUCCUUGCGAAUUACAAAACCCUUCUGUACAGGUUGAUGGGGAUAUUAUUGCACCUACAAGGGAUGGUUGGAGCGGUGGAAAACCCCAACCCACUGAUAGUUGGAUCACAUUCAGCAAUGUGAAUGGUCUAGCAAUAAACGGAUCAGGUCGAAUCGACGGUCGAGGUUCAGAUUGGUGGGAUCUACCUGAUAAAGACAGACCAUCGGCAUUAACAUUGAAAAAUUGUAAUAAUGGUCAAUUGAGCUGGUUGGCGCAUGUGAAUAGCCAACGAAAUCACAUCUCUAUAUGCGACUGUAAUAACGUGCUCAUUUCUCACAUAACCAUAAACGCUCCUGAAGAUAGUCAUAAUACUGAUGGUAUUGACAUCAGUCUUUCACAAAACAUCCGUAUCGAACACUCUUCCAUUGGAACCGGUGAUGAUUGUGUUGCUAUCAAUGGAGGAUGCAAGUUUAUCAAUAUUACCGACGUGAAUUGUGGUCCUGGACAUGGCAUAAGUAUUGGAAGCUUAGGAGGUAAUGGAAAAGAGGACACAGUUGAAGAAGUGCAUGUUCAAAAUGUUCAUUUUUCUGGAACUAUGAAUGGUGCAAGGAUAAAGACAUGGGAAGGAGGCCAAGGAUUUGCCAGAAAAAUAUCAUUUGAUCAGAUUACUCUCUCAGAAGUAUAUAAUCCUAUAGUUAUUGAUCAACACUACUUCAGUGACGUCCACCGCUCGGUAGAAGCGUCUGCUGUUGCGAUUAGCGAUGUAACGUUCAGUGGAAUUAACGGAACUUCGACAAAUGAUAUAGUAAUUAAUUUGAAUUGCAGUGCGGUUGUCCCUUGCACAAACAUCAUCAUGAAAAACAUCAACAUACAAUCAACAAAAUCCAUAGCCUCUUCUAAUUGCGUCAAUGCUCGUGGAACAGCCACUGAGACAUAUCCUAAUGUUCCUUGCUUAACAUAA